CCCACCACCCGAUAGACUGGAUUGACAGGACGUUUGCUGCAGCACCCCAAGUCGAUAGCAGUGGGAGGCCGCAAUAACUAGUUAGCCAUCGGGUAGUGAGAUAGCGAGAGAGUCGGGCAGGGUUUGGAGCAAGGACUGGGAGGGUAGUUGCACAUUUAUUUCACUUCUAAUUUGCGCCUCAGUAGCAUUACAACCGACGUGCUUCACCAUUGUUAAGGUCGUAUGUACGCUGGUAUAUCAGAGAAAAUCCGCAGUGACAUCAUUUGAUGUGCUUUUUGUAGCAUUUCGACAUCAGCGGGAAAAUACACAACUGUGUAUUCAAAAGUAGUAGUCGAUAGCCUCCUGUAUUGUGGAACAGAUUUCCCGUACUUAGGCACUUCAAUACAGCAAGGAUGGCAGAUAGAGAGCAACUGAUCCAGAGAGCCCGUAUGGCUGAGCAGGCGGAACGGUACGAUGACAUGGCCUCCGCGAUGAAACAGGUAACCGAGCUGAGUGAGCCUCUGAGUAAUGAUGACCGCAACCUGCUCUCCGUGGCCUACAAGAACGUGGUGGGGGCCCGGCGGUCCUCCUGGCGCGUCACCUCCAGCAUCGAGCAGAGGGCCCUGGCUGACGGCAACGAGAAGAAGCUGGAGCUGGUGAAGGGCUACCGGGAGACCAUUGAGAAGGAGCUGGAGACUGUCUGCCAGGAUGUGCUCAACCUGCUCGACCAGUUCCUCAUCAAGAGCUGCGGGGAAGACCAGCUGGAGAGCAAGGUGUUCUACCUGAAGAUGAAGGGCGACUACUACCGCUAUCUGGCCGAGGUGGCGACGGCGGAGAAGAGGGCCUCCGCCGUGGAGUCCUCCGAGGGGGCCUACAAGGAGGCCUACGAGAUAAGCAAAAGCAUGGCGGCCACUCAUCCCAUCCGCCUGGGCCUGGCGCUCAACUUCUCCGUGUUCUACUACGAGAUCCAGAACGCUCCAGAGGAGGCCUGCAAGCUGGCCAAGGAGGCCUUUGAUGAGGCCAUCGGACACCUGGACAAUCUGAACGAGGACUCCUAUAAGGACUCCACCCUGAUCAUGCAGCUGCUCCGGGACAACCUGACCCUGUGGACCAGUGACCAGCAGGACAGCGAAGGGGGGGAAGCCCAGCCCUGAGAGCACCCCCUCCAAACCCCUGAUAGUCUUUAGCUAGUUAGCCAGUCCCCUCACUGCUCUCCUGUUCUCUAGUUUCAGAUAUUUUCUCUUUUCUCUCUGUCCUCUUAUCUGUUCCUGAUUGCUCGCCACUUUGUCUUGUGCCAUUUUUAAUGCUCGGUUGGGGCCUGAUAGGGAUGAUUUAUUCCUCUUGUGCCCUAUGGUUUUGUCCUUCCUCUUCACCUUUCCCUGCUGCAUUUUCCCUCAAACUUUCUCCUCUGUCCUCCUCUAUCCUCCUUUGUCCCCUGUCUUCCUUAUCUCCUGUCCUUCUCUCCACUGCCCUCCAGUCUCCUCUGCGCUCCUCCUCCGUCUCGUCGACUCCUCUGUUCUCUCCUUUGUCCUCCUCUCUCCUCCUUUGUCCUCCUCCACUCUCUCCUGUUCUCCUCUCCCCUCGGUCCUUCUUCAGGGCUUUCUGUCCCUGGCUCCCCUUCUGAGAGCUAGCCAUCUUUUUUUUACCCCUUCUAUCCAUUCCAUCUCCCUUCCGUAGUUUGCCGACCAUCAACUGACCGACUGGUAUUCAUGUGACAUUUCCACAGGAUGUUUUUUUUCGUGAGGACAAUUUAGGAUCUGUCAUGAGUGGAUGUCUGUAAUGCUGAUUAGGGAAACCGUUUCAUUUAGGUGCACAGCAUAGUGCCAAUGUCACUGUUGAGCAGAAUGUCCUUGACUUGAACCGGUUCUGUGCCCCCCUGUCACUGUGAGGUGUCCGCUCUUCUUCCUCCUGUCUGUUGCCCUUUCCACUCUGCCCGCUGGCACCCGCUAGCCCUUAUGAACGUGUGCCAGCCAUCUUCCCAUCCGUAAAUGUCCACCUUUUGAAGGUUCACGAUGGGUGUCUGGAUUUUUCAGUUGUGCUAGUACAUUUUGUUUAUUAUAAUGAAUAAUGCAUUGUCAUUAAAACAUUACCUACCAUGGGAA